ACCUAAUCUCUGGCCUAUAUAUACAGCGUACUGGAAGCCCGAAAUCACGAGUCACAAGYGUAAAAUCUUGUUCGUUAGUCCGAGAACGGAUCUGAUCGCCGAGAUAUUUUGCUUCUGUGUCCGGAAGGGAUAGAUAACAUCAUCAAGAAGUGGCAAUGGCACUGGUAUCUAGAAUGAGAUCAACUCUGAACCCUAAUGCACCUCUCUUUAUCCCAGCUGCUUACCAACAAGUAGAGGAUUUCUCACCUGAAUGGUGGGAACUGGUGAAGACAUCAACUUGGUUCAUGGACUACUGGCUCGCGCAGCAUCAGGAAGAGGAGAGCUUUAUUGGCAAUGCCAACGAAGAUGAUGACGUUGUCAAUCUUCUCCCCGACGCAUUUGAUCUCGAUGCUGAUGAAGAUAUGGAUGCUCAGUUGGAGGAGUUUAUCCUAUCUUCUGAAGAAAAUGGAUCAGCCCUUUCUGCUUCCAAGCCUCAAAAUGGCAUGGAGAUGAAUGCGGAGGCUGUGGUCAAGAACCUGAUCCCCACGAAAUUUCCCAAGUCGCAGGUGGAACCGGCAAAGUAUCACGAGAAGCCACCCCAUUGCAUUAGCCCAAAAUGCAGCCCUCGUCGUAUCCACCAGCCUCGUUGAGAGAGCGGCACAGCAAAUUUAAGCUUCUGGGUCUAGUAGCUCUGUUUUAACAUCGCCAAGUAAAUAGUUCUUAGGUACCUUGGUUUUAGUCUCCCUGUAUAGAGCAAGGUGACAACUCCCUUGUAUUCACCAUCUUAUUUCCAUGUAUUCUGUUUUCGAUGGAAGAAUCCAUCCGCAGAAAAGAACAAUGUAAAAAAACGAAAAAAAAAGAGAAUAGAAUAAAAUUAACUAAAAAAGAUUCCCCAAUAAUGUUGUGCAUGUGAAUGAAAAUUUUGGAAUUGUUGGUGCGUUAACUGGUAAAUUCGAUUGUAGAUACSGGAGAAAGAUAUGAAAAUAA